UUGUGGGUGGUGUUGGGAGGGAUGGAGUUGUGAGGGAGUUUGAGACAGGAAACCGCGAAACGCCCUCGCCACACAUUCGGAGUGAGCGGCUGCGUGGGAUCGAGGAGGCUCCGCGCUCGCUCGCCCUCACCACGACCAGCAGUGAGUUCACUCCCUCACCACGGGCUCCCUCCCUCACCACGACCAGCAGUGAGUUCACUCCCUCACCACGGGCUCCCUUCCUCACCACGAGCAGCAGUGAGCUCCCUCCCUCACCACGACCAGCAGCAGCAGCAGGAGCGAGCUCCACGCAUUCCCCCCAGGCUGAGCUGCGUCCGUGCACGGAGGAGAGACGACGCGCUCUGAGAUGGAGGCAGUGGAGGCACCGGGAUCCACAGCUGUAGCAGCAGCAGCAGCUGUGGCUGUGGCUGUCCUCCCACCACCCGUGGAGCAGGACAGCAAGGAGGAAGAGCUAUUGCCCUCACAGACUCAGGCAUGCAGGAAAAGUGUCGAGUUAUUCAAGGGUGAGGGUCCAGUGGCGGUGCUGCAGCCAGCCACAGGAGCAGCAGCAGCAGCAGCAGCGGCGGAGCUCGGCGCGGAUCAACACGAGCAGCCGUCUGGGCAAGAGGCACUGGCUAACGACCACACCAGCACAAACAUCGACCACCGAGAGGAACACGCGAGGCUUGAGCUGCUUGCGAAUACCAACGGGGCAGACGUGGAGGAGGGCGGCGAAACAAAUAGUGGCGACAUCGAAGUGGCUGCCAAUCCCGCGGGAGAAUGCCAACAAGACGCCCACUCCGAUCCCGUGAACGGAACGGAGAAUGAAUUGGACGGCCAAACCGACGAAGCGACCGGUCGGCCCGACGUCGAUCCGAAGCAGCGUGGCGAGCUGGAUUCCUCGAGCGCUUCUCAGGGCAACGAGGUUGGCUUCAAGAAAAUAUUUAAGUUCGGGGGCUUCAAGUUCACGAUGAAGAAGGACAAAGCCGCUCAACCGGAGCCCGCCCAUCUCCUGAAAGUGAGCAGAGGUGGGGAGGAGGGCGCCCCUUCUUCGGACGCGGCGCAUCAAGCGCCCCGGAGCGACGAGCCGGACGAGCAGCCGGCGGGGGCGACGGAGCCCGCGCAGGACGCUUCCGCCAGCAGCGGCGGGGCGCAAGGGGCGGAGUGGAGCGGCGGCGGCGGCGGGGAGGAGGAGGACAUCGCCGACCUGGAGAUCGUCGACGAGGAGGAAGUCGCAGAAGCGAUAGCGGCGGAGGCGGCCGCCUCGAUCGCUGCCAGCGUCUGCAAGCCGCCCGCCGAGCCCCUGAAGGAAGAAGCUCCCGUGCCGCCUCUGAAGAAAAUGUCCGGGCUGUUCGCGGGGCUGCGCAAGAAGGCGGGCGACAAGCAGAAGCGCGAAGAGGGCGCCGCCAGAGCGGCCGCCGAAGACGCGUCGCGGCGACCCGAUGACACGAGAGCGGAGGUGGAAGGGAAGAUGGCGGAACUGGCACGAGCGUUGGAGGCGCAUGCUCGAGGCGAAGAGCAGGCGCCCGACGACCAGCAGCCCUGCUCGUCCAAGUCGGAAGCCACGCCCGACGUCCUGGUGUCUAUGGCCCACGUUCUCGAAGCUGCCACGUGCGAGGAAGCGUCGAGCGACCCACCUGCAGGGCAGCAGCAGCAGCAGAAAUUGGCGGCAGCGAAUGGCGAGAGCGCUCUAGAAACGGCAGAUAAGAGCAAAGGGACGAACGAAGCCGCUGCUGAUGACGACCACGAAGGGGAUGCUACAGACACCUCUGCCAGGGCCAAGGCAAGGACUCAUGAAGGACCUCUGAAGAAAUUUUUCAAAGGCUCCGGAUUAAAAAAGUUACCGAGCCUGAAGAGGAAGGUGACCAAGGAAAGAGAAGAGAGCGAACACUUAACCGGCGACGAGGGUGAACCGGGAACGGACGGGAAACGAGCACAAACUUCCAUUUCCGUGGAAGACAAUAAUCCGGGUUCCCCUGCGCACGCAAAGGAAGCGGAAACUAAAUCGGAGGAUUCGCCGCAUCCUGGCGCAGCAGCCGUCGUGGCAGAUGGCAGGAACGUCGGGGCUGUGAGAAAGCGGGAGGGCAUCACGGUUUGGUCUUCUUUCAAGAAGCUCGUGACCCCCAAGAAGCGCGUGAAGAAAGCGGCCGAGAGCGACACGGACGACGACCCGGAGGAUCAGGCUGACGAGCGCUCGAAGAGCGGCGCGCCGGCCGCCGCGGGCAGGUCGCAAGAGGCGCGCGGAGAAACGGAGGAGGUGAAAGUGACCGUGGAGGUGCACAGCACCGUGGAGCCCGCCACCAUCGCCACCGUCGUCACGGCAACCGCAGCGGCCGACGUCGCGGUGGAGGACGCGUCAUCGGAGGCCGCUUUGGAAACGGCGGCCCUCACCGUGGCGGCGAGUGACGAAGCGCGGACGGACGAGGAUGUUGCGGCCCGCGGCACGGCACCGGCUGCGUCUGACGCGGAAGUGACGGACGGUCCGGAGGCGGCGGCGGCAGCGGCGGCAGGAGAGGAAGAGCGGCGCGAUGAGAGCAAGUUGGCGGCCGGAUCCCCCGAGGGAACCGAGACGACAGCUGGGAGCGGCGGAAGGGCGGAGGGCGCGGCGAAGCAGGGGGACGAGGGGCGAGCUGGCGACUCGCCCAAGCGCGAGUCCGCCUGGGAGUCCUUCAAGCGGCUCGUGACGCCCAAAAAGAAGGCGAAGGCCAAAGGGGAUAAUCAGGCGGGUGGCGGAGACGAGGAGGACGCCUUGCAGCGGGCAGCUGCGGAUUUAAAGCGAGACGUGGAGCGAGCCGCGCAAUCCCAAACGGAAUCCCCGAAGCGCGAGUGCGCGAAGGCGGAGAACCCUUCCGCCGCCGGAUGGUCGAUAAAGAAGCUCUUUCCGGGGAUGAGGAGAAGAAAGGCCGACGCCGACGCGGAGGGCGCCGAGGCGGAAGCGGCCGCCUCGCCGGCGAGCGGCCGCGUCAAAUGCGCCGAGGUCCACCAGGACACGCCGUCCGUCGUGCCGCUGUCCGAGUUCGAGUCGGGAGAUCUGUCGGUUCAAGUGGAGCGUCCGACGGCCGUUGAGGAGCCCGAGCUGCCCGUCUCGCAAGAACGGCCUCCCGAGGUCGUGCUCGGCGUGCCCACGGAGGCGGCGGUGGCGGCGGCAGGGCCAGCGGGCGAAGAUGGCGUUUUGGACAAAGCCGAUGAGCCGUGCGACGAUAGAGAGGAGGGUGGGAGCUCCGACGAUGCGUCGGUGGGUGCGAAUGCCGCAGGACCAACAGAUGGUGCUUCACGUGCGGGUCAACCUGCGGGCGCGGCAUCUGAAACAUCGGUCACGACGAGCGGCGAUCGUUCGCAACACGGCAGCGCGCUUGCGAAAGAAGGAGAGUCGAACGCCCUCCAAAACGUAACGGUGGACAACAACUUGGCGCAGGUAAAAAUCGUGGUGGAUGCGCCCUCGGUCACAGCCACUCGGCUCGAAACGCCCGACAGCGAAGCCGCUUGCGAAGGUUCAAAAGAAAUGUCCCCAAGCCUGAUCGUGACCGAAAAUGCACCAGAGAAACCGAAUCUGUCACCGGACGAGCGUGACGAAGAGAACGCCGAUAAGGACUGUGCGCCGGUGGUUUGUGUGAUCUCGGGCGCCGAGAGUGAGUCGCACACCGCCGUGCCGGAGGCCGCUCGCGCGUUGGACGGUGGAAUAGACGGCGCUUCUGGUGAUUUGAGCACCACAGCUCGCUUACCAGACCUUGUGACCGACGCUUCAGCAGCUAAAGACGGGAACUGUGCUCGGACUCUCCCCGGUGACAUUCCGGCCGCAGACAUUGGCUGCACUUUGAAUGGAAAGCAACAAUCUGAGUGCCAGGAGAGAGCUGCAUUUCAUGAGGUUCAACUGAAGCAGACAACCGUCCAGUCGGCCGCCAACCUCGCCGAACAAACGAUCGAGCAGAACGCAACUGGGGAAACGCGUUCGAGUCGGGCGGCCGAAGAAAUGGCCGAAGAAAUUCCCGUGCAGUCCGUGAAGGAUGCCAUGGAGGCUUACAAAAUCCCCUUGGAGACCAUGGUCAUGCAAGCUCCGCACGGCCAGGAUCUGGAGGUGAUCAUGGAGGAAGACGCCGAGAGUCCGCCCGCCGUCUCCGGCGCAGCCGCUGUGCCCGGAGACGGCGCGCGACCGACGCCCGCCGCGGCGAAGGUGAACGCCGAGGAGCACGAGUGGCCGACGGCGGCGGCGGCAAACUCGGCGCGGAAGUCGGGGGUGGCGCUCGAGGAAGAAACUGCGGAGGAAAGUGACCACGGGAAAGGGCUGCCCGUUAUUCACGACGGCCACAACAACAGCAACAACAAUCAUCAUCAUCUUGACGAUGUCAACAGCCAAGCGCCUCUUGAUUGCGUCUCUGUGGAAGGCGACAAGGCAUCUGAAAUAACCAGCAAGGCAAUUCCGAACAGCGCUGGCGGUGUCGAAACGCUGUCACAGCAGAAACGUGCAGAUGGGCCUAUGAGCGAGAACAAUGGACCCGAGGAUUUGUCCUCGGCAGUACAAAUGGAUAAAGCGCAGCAGCUUUUGGAGAAUAGCUUGGGCAACAGUAAUUCAAAGGAUUUUGCGGCGCAAGCGGAAACGGCCGCGGAUCACACGCAAGAGAAGCCGCCGCCACCGCACUCCGAAGGGGGUCUGCUCAUGGCCGCUGCACAGUCCUCUGUGAGCUAGAGUCCUCCGGGGCCGCCUGUUCGUUGCUUACCGGGACACGUGGCAUCAUGAGUGAAGCCCUCAACCUGAAUUACUGCUUGGACCAGUCCGAGCGAAUCCAGCUCCCUCUGCCGAGGAGCAGCAAUACGUGUGAGCUGGUGUACAGUAUUCGUAUCCCAAGGGGCUAGGGACGGAAAGGAAGGACCAUCCUGGUUUUUUGUUGUUGUUGUAGCUUACUGGGAGACUUACCCUGGAAAAUGUGGGGAGACGCACUCCCUCACGCGCCGGCGACACUCGCACAUGCGGACUCCGUUUUCACAUGCAGUACAUCCUCCUUCGUGCCGUGCCGUGGAACAGUUGUAUCAUUUUAACAGUAGACGUAGUAAACGCAAAACAGCUUACAAGUUUGUACACACACACACACACCUACAUAUGGCUGUUAAUAACAUGAGUGGAAGAGUUAAAGAGAGAGAGAGGUAAUAAAGAAAAUGUAUUCGCUAUAACAGUAAUCAGUUGGUGGCUGGUUAUUCGUGGCUGGUUAUUCGUGGCUGGUUUUGGGCCAGGUCCUGCUCGUAAAGUGUUUUUAAAUAAAAGUUAACACUACUUACCUGCUAAUUAUAAAGAUUAUAAACUGAAUGUACCUCGCUCACUCCUUCCAAUCCGUCUUCCCCCCCACUGCUGUUGGUGUAGAUAACAAAAGAAAGUCGGUGAUAUUCCUGCUCGAAGGAGCAUUGUGGCGGUGUGGUCACCCGCUGUUUACAGCCCUGAGCCAGUGAUGGAAAUUCCACAUUCCUAUAGUGGGGCGAGUAUUUCCACAGGACCACCACUGUCGACUUUCCCACAAAGUGGUACCUAUUUUCUGGACCACGGGGGGAUGAUGGGCAGAGUUCAACCCCCAAUUAGCAUUUUUAUUUAAAAACUUUCAAACCUGAGCCUCUUACUCCUGGCGCAAUAUAUUCUUAGCUGCUGGCCGCCACUGAUGGUAAUACAUGUUGUGAACGUAUUCACUGAUGAGAGGCAGAUGUGCAGGUUUUUGGCAAUAUCGUGUUUGCUGUGUGCUUCAUUGCAAGCAGCUAAGUUUGUGGAACCUGGAGACUGGGUCUGCAAUGCUUUCAAAGUUAUUCCUCCUCGUCCUGCUUUUAUGACUUUUUAUUUUACAUUUGCUUUUUUUUUUAAAUAGUCACAUUAAUAAAUGCCACAGUGAGAGGCCAUCCCUCGCGAUGUGCAGAGGCUCAAGGCCAUGCUACUAAACUGGUGAAAUGGUAAAGCAAUUCCCACGGGUAACUGUCACUGGCGAUGCAUUUACUGUGAGCAGCUGUGGUGGCAUGGCAUGGCAAUAGACUUGGUAUGGCAAGAGAUGUGGUAUGGAAAUGGAGAAUUGGUAUGGCAAUGGAGACUUGGUAUUACAAUAGGGUUUCGGAAUGGCAAUGGUAUGGAAUCAUGUCUGGACAAUGAAAACCCUGUUUAAAAGUGCGUUUGAUGAACGAUGAUUGGUCUACAUCGCACACAACCUGAGGUGGCCAUGUGACCUUAUCUGCGCAGUGAUUGUUCCGCAGAGCACACAACCUCGGGUUGUCAUGUGACCUCUGUGAUCUGAUUGAAAGUCACAAUUCAGGUUGCACCUUUUUGCGAGCAGUUAUCGCACAUUUGUUCAGAUUCGGCAAAAUUAAACAUGGUGCAAUCAACAAUGGCGUGGCAACCAUUAUCAGCAACAAUUACAAUACAACUUCUCGAGUGCAUGAAUGAUCUUAUUGGUGGUCCACCAGUGGUUUAUCGUGGUUCUAGUUUGGAAUCGUACAAACUCCACGUGGGUUUUGUUAAAUUGCAGGCGAAAUGUGCGGGUGGUUAGCAUAUUAAUUAGAAUGUUGGGGCUGUUGCCAGACGAGUUCUCCUGGGAAAUCGCAUGGGUUUCAAGCUCUGGACUAGCCAAGGCAGAAAUGUGUUGAACUCCCAGCAACUCGAGCCAAGAGCCACAAUCGCGGUGUCCAUCAGGCUAUUUAGCGGUUGGCAUGGUGAGGAGCACAGGUGGUGCAUCUGCCCGUCAUCUCAAUCAGUCAACCCAUAACACCCGGGUCUGUCCCAUAACCUGCCAGCAAAACUUUGACAGCUAAAAGUGCACCUAGCCUGGCACAAGCACUGUGGUGGCAUCACUGUCAUUUAAGGGAAAAUGGCAGCUGUUGCUCUAGCGGUGAUGGGUUGCUUGAUGUCGUCUUUUUCCCUACAAAGGCUCAUGGAGAGGUUUCUAGAAAUGCAGGCGUAGUGUAUAACUAAAUACGGUGCUGAAAACAAUUGAGUGAGCUGACAUUCUCGCAUUACAGUUAUCGAAUGACUAGUUUGAGCAAAGAGAAUGUAUUUGAAGAUUCAGUUAUGUUCAUACGCAGCAGAAGAUGCGUUAUUUCGCCAGGUGAGACUGUGAUGAGAUCUCGUUCAGAGCUCUGUUUAAGUGUCUGUACACAUCAUGAGAGAAUAGCGAUGCUCCGAUGUGAUAGAGACAACAGGAAGAUUUCUGUGAACAUCUCACUCCAAUGCACAUCGUUCCCAUUAUUUCAGCAUGCUUAAAUAGCCCCCAAUUGCAGUUGAACUUCACUCAAACCACGUUAAUGUAAUCAAAGAAUUACCUAAUUUACAUGUUUUAAAUGAACACAUGACUACAUUUAAUUUUAUAAACUGUGUAAUGGAAAGUAUAAGCCAUGUAGAUUGAUUCAAAUUGAUAUGUACAGGAUGCUAUAAUUGAAAUAGAUAUAGGUUCAAGGUAUAGACAUUAUAAGAGAGUUAUUAUAUAACUGUGUGUGAAAUAGCCUAUGACCCUGUGGUGAUGCAGAUAUGCUAUGUGACCCGAAUGUGAAGUUUUAUUUGCAAAAUCCUUCAUUUAUUAAAUGCUCAUAGAGCUAUUGCAUAUGAAUUCAUUGACUUAUUAGAUUCAAGCCCUUUGUCAACCCCACUAUUGCAUGAAAGCCUCCUCACACCCUGCAGCUUGUGGGAGUUGUUUGACCAUACUUCACCACGCUGGUCAGUGCAGAUUGAUGAAAUUCGCAGGAAGGUCACCCAGGACCAGUUGGGUUGUUAGUCGUGACCAGGAGUUGAACUCAGGUCACCAGGUUCAUUACACAGGGAACGAACCACUGCACCACUGCUCCCCAAGUUCUUACACAGUCAGUUUCCUUUCUUUUUUGUUGUUUUUACAAACAAAAUUAGCACUAGGGUUUGAAAAAUAAUGUGUCUUAAGUCCCAGAGUAUUAAGACGCGGAAAUACAAAUGCUAAUUCGAUCAUAUGGAGUUAAUUAUUAUGAUUUAAUAGGUUGUAAUGUACACGGCAUGGUUGCAAAAAGUCGUUGCUUUUAAGGUUCAAUUAAAUAUCACAACUCUGGAAAUUAACUUUUCAACAAGAACCAAUAUAGAAUGUGUUUGAAUGUAGCAGUCUGUAGUAGCUGGAGGGGUCACACGAUCUCAUUACACACAACUAAUAUGAAUCGAAAAACAUUGAUAAACAAGUGAUUUGAUGCCUGUAUUGUGAGAUUGAUAAAUACGUGAUUUGAUGUCUGUAUUGUGAGAUUUAAGGAUCAAUAUAAAAAUUACCAAUUUUUGUGACAUCCCCGAAUAAAUAGAAUAAGCGUUACUGGCUUUAGUGGUAUUUUACAUCGAAACUUACUGUUUUAGAGUAUCUGAGUCGGAAUUUAUCGCUUUUAAUGUUUUUUAAAUGUAUAACUGAAGUUCCAUUUUAAAGUUAGAUUAAGCUUUUUGUUUAACAGUAAUUUCCUUUACGUAAGAGAACCAAAUAUACGUCACUCUAUGCCCGUACUGCCAUGCCUCCGUUUAAGCACUGUAAAUAUGCAAUCGUGUUACAAAUAUGUAUAACUAUUUAAACAUUUAACAAUAAUAUACUGAUGCUGUGAUUUUCAUACGACCGUAUAUGUCAAUGUGUUGCAUGAAAGCGAGGCGUUGUUUGCGUGUUUGUAUGUUACAUGCAAACGCAUUGCAAACUUCCACUUUGUGUGCUAACUGCUCCGUGUUGGGAGAGAAUGCAAAAAAGCUCCGCUUCCAAAUUAGAACAAUAUGCUCCGUUUUGAAUGCUCCACGUGUGAAACUAAAUAUAAUGUUUAUUAACUUGUUGCAGUGGCGUUUCAAAAAAAAAAGACUAUGCCACACAAUAAGGAUGUUUGUCAUGGUGUGAUGGUCAGCACGCUGGACCGACAAUCCGGAGUCCGUCGGUUUGAUUUCCCAGCGGUGGAAACGAUGGCGCAAGCUUCUGAGAUCCAGCCCCGCGACUCUGUCCGACAGGCAGUGUCGAUGUGGACGCCACAGUUUGCCCAUCAGCAGGCAGCGUGUGGUGGGGUAAAGUGUGGGUACUCGCACAUCCUCUUAAGACGUUUGGCCGGCGUGGAGUAGGCCAGGUAUCCUCUAGUGGGGCUCUGUGUCAACAGCCUCCUCUAGUGGAGGCCGUUAUUCCAGCAAGUGGGGUAAGCAAGACAUUGCUGGGCUCCCACAUUCGCCUUCCACCUAUGUCCAGUGAACAAACGUUAAAGUUUGCCAGAAUGGGAGUUAUUGUUAAUCCCGCAUCGAAUUGCUGGUUGAAAUUGUGAAGAAUUAUGGUAACAAUACAGAAUAUGGCCCUGACACUGGGGUCUGUUAGAAUAAGUAGUGUUUAUUAAAAAAAACUAAUGCUACUUGGAUGCAAUAUAAUAAGAAGUUUCAAUAAGCCUAUCAUUUACAAAGUAAUUCCGUCAAUGCUAUUACAUAUGCUAUAGGAAAACAAAUCAACAACCCUUAACAAUGUAUCCAAGUAAAGGCUGACUUGGUCAACAUGCAGUGUAUUAGAUAAGUGAAACGACUUCACAAAGUUUUAGAGAUAAAUGUAUCGCAACGUAUAAAUGUUAAGUUAACUAUCUUAACAAAUAUCUUUCGCGUGAAGCAUUCUCGGCAUGUCGAGUCAUCAACCCCCUUAAUGAGUGAGGCUCGUCGCAAACCCGGCUUGUUAUGUCGCGACCUUAAUAUCAGCACGACAAGGAAGAUAUCUCGCUCAUGAGUGUCGAUCGGGUUUGAGCUCGUGGGCUAGAGCGACUUGCUGUCCAAUUGUGGCCGAUGAAAAAUCUGCGAGUGGCUCCCGUGUCUGGCACGACAAGUCAAUUGCUCUUCCAAACCAGAGUCAUUGUGUUACCCAGAAUGCUUCACAUCAGUCUAAUAAGUUGCCAUGCAGUGUUGCGGUGGGGUUUUUUUUGCCAGGAACCCUGUCGAUUAGUAGGAGUGCUCUCACCAAUAACAACGUCUGGUAAAGAAGCGGCAUUUUGUUGGCAGUAUGUGUUGCUUAGACCUAGAAGGUAAAAACUGGUCUAGAGCGUUACAUUCUUAAAUAACUGCUGCUGGUGAUGAACUUCUAGAAGGCAAAUAAAAUAUAAAACAAACUAUUUCAUGCAAUUCCCUGGAUUGUUCUACAACAGUAAGUCAUUAAAAUAAUGUCCAUAAAAAGUGUUGUGCAUCAGCUGUAUUAGCAAUAAAGGUUAAAGAAUAGCACUCAAUGCUUAAGACAUACUCACCGGUCAUUUAUCCUGCUUUAGUGGAAACUCCAUUUGAGUAAAAAUGUAUGAAGUAAAUGUUAAGUGCAUUUUCUCUGCGAGAGUAAUCGCAGCACGUCACACAUUCGACUGGCUGGGGCCUGAGGUACAGGCGGAUCUGUGCGAAAGGGUUGGAUGUGUGAAUAUCUGUAGAAAAUCACCGCCACGCACAGGCACUGCACUGGGUGUGGGCGGCUCCGACUUUGACGGUCUGUUGUGUGACGCUGCAUCGUCAAGACCGGGCAUCCCUGCAGGGCGAAGCCCGACUGCUCCCAACGCAUUGUAAACUGAUUCCACGCGUGAGAAAGGCUGAAUGUGCCAUGCGUGUAGCGGUGCCUGACCAACAGCUCUGAUGAGCCACAGGAUUUAUAAGUUGUAUCAUUUCCAAAUGCAAGUAGCGUAGAUUAACGCUUAAGCUUUGAACUUAGCUCUACCACGGCAGUGUCAUUAAAACGCAUGCUUUGAUAUAUCUUGCCCAUCUACAAAACUAACAGCAUUAACUGAAGUGAGAUGAACAGAUGGAUGCUUACUCUUUGCCAACAGGCUCAUUUAAUUUCCCGGCUGUGCAAGUUGCGCGCACUGAGUUUUUGUAACAUUUGCAAUGUGAAAUUUAUUUCAAAAAUUAAAAUGUUAGACAUGU